AUGAACUAGGAUUCACCAAGAGAGAGUGAUGUGCAAAGACAACUCAAUGAAGAUUACAACUCUGAAGAAGAUGAAGAAGAAUUUCAAAAUGAUAAUGUUAUAUAACAAAAUGGAGGAGAUACUGGGUCACUUCAUUUGUAACCUAAUACCUUAUAUCAAUAUGAAAAUCAAGAGAAUGGUGAAUUCUACAAAAGUGUUAACAUGUUCCACUAAAUGAAGCAAAUUAAUGAGGUCUAUCAAUCCUUUGAAAGACUCAGCCGAUAACCAUAGUGGAAAUGGGAUCCCAUGUCACUGACUUAAUCAUUCAAUAGUUAAGGGGCAAAUUAAACACCAGGAAAUAAUGACCCCUAUGAAUCUAAAAAGCUUAAAGUAUUUAGUUGCACUUGGAAUAUUCAUGGCUAACUACCUAAUUAUUAAUAAGUAGAGCAGCUUCUCAGAGCCAGAGACAUCUAUCAUGAUAUCUAUGUCAUUGCAACCUAAGAAUGUCAGAGAUCGAUUGCCUCAGCAGUGUUUGCUCCUUCUAAAGAAAAAUGGGAAGGAGUGCUUUAAGAUUAUUUGGGCUAAAAAUAUGUGAAUAUCAGUUCUUACGCACUUGGAGCUACACACCUUAUAAUAUUUGCUCAUAUCAUGCUGACUCCAAUAAUUUCAGAAGUAGAAAGUGAGUGCAUUGCCACUGGAAUUUCAAAUAUAGUAGGAAAUAAAGGUGGUGUAGGCAUAAGCUUUAAGAUUGGAACUACCAGAAUUCUUUGUAUCUCAGCUCAUUUAGCUGCAGGACAUAAUAACAUUGAAAAGAGAAACUAGGAUUGGCUUAAAAUAUUUCGAAGAAUUGCUUUGAAAUUAAAAGAUGAUUCCUCAUCAAAGAAUCAAGUGACUUUGUCUAAUGAUUCUUCAACAAUGUUUGAUGGUAUUAUUUGGUUAGGUGACUUCAAUUAUCGAAUAAAUGGUGUGGCUGGGGCAAUAAAAGUGGCUAUGGAGAAGAAUAUGUAUGAAGUGCUCAUUAAUAAUGAUUAGUUUGGAUUUGAGCAUAAAAUUGGAAGAAUCGCUUGGAAUUUCAAGGAGGGCUAAAUUGAAUUUGCACCGACUUAUAAAUUAAAAAAGCAUUAGGAUCUCUACGAUAUGACUCACAGACUGCCUGGAUGGACAGAUCGAAUCAUCUAUAGUACUCAGAAAGUUUGUAACAACUCAAAGGAAGUUGAUGUCCUAGUCUAAAAAUCCUAUGAUAGCAAUAACAAUCUGAAAAUAUCAGAUCAUAGACCUGUAUUUUCACAGUUCGAAAUGAACUUCGAAAUAAGUGAAUAGUACGAAGACCACUUAAUGAAAACAAUUUCACCCUAGAAACAUUAGAAAAACGAAUCAGCUCAUAAUUUCAUUUCUAAAACAUCAGAUUUAAAUAGCAUUUAAAGCUCUAAUUCCAUGACAGCAACACAAAAAGUAAAACGAAACCAGGUAUUAAACUACUCAACGUUUUCAGACACGGAUUUAGAGAGAGCCAUAUAAUACAAGGUAAAUUUAAUGAAAUUUGACUUUUUAUAGAAAUAAACAGAAAGAGACUUUAAUAAAUCAAAAAGUAAAGGUUGCUCUAUAUACUGA